UAGCGUAACGUGUUUACCACGUGCUAGAAUAUUUGUCAAAUAUUAUUUAGCAUGCUUUUGAUUUAAGUAAACAAUUCAUUAUUUUACUAUUGUUUAAUUUUCAUUUCAAAUCUCAAAAUGGCAAAAUCAAAAAGGGAUAAGAAAAUUUCACUCACCAAAACUAAAAAAAAAGGUUUAGAAUUAAAGCAACAAAUUGUUAAUGAUGUUCGAUCGUGUGUGGAACAGUUUAAAACCAUUAUAUUGUUUUCUAUGGAUAACAUGCCCAAUAACAAACUAAAAGAAAUAAGGGAAGAAUGGAAAGGUAGUAGAUUUUGCUUUGGCAAAAACAAAAUUGUAGCCCUGGCCUUGGGAAAAACACUAGAAACUGAAAUUUCAGAAGGUCUUUCUAAACUGUCAGUAAGACUCAAAGGACAAUGUGGAUUAUUUUUUACAAAUCAAAACAAAAAUAAGGUCCUUAAAUGGAUGAGGGAAUUUGAAGCAAAUGACUGUGCUCGGUCAGGGUUUGUUGCACCUAAUACGGUUCGAUUAUCUGCUGGUCCUUUGCCAGAUUUUUCUCAUGCCAUAGAGCCACAUUUGAGGCUAUUAGGUAUGCCUACUACUCUGGACAAUGGUAUUGUAACACUUUUGAAAGAAUACACAGUUUGCAAACAGGGACAGGCCUUAACACCAGAAUCAGCUAGGAUAUUGAAACUCUUGGGAAAACCACUGGCUACAUUCAAACUAACUCCUAUUGGAGUUUAUACAAAGAAACAUGGUUACAAAGAUCUUGCUAUAAGCAAUACAGAGGAAGAAACGGAAGAAAAGAUGGAAGAACAAUAGUUAAGAUUAUAAUAACAAUAAUAAUAAUUUAUUUCCUGUAAAGUGUACAUAAGUUGCUUAUAAUACUAUAAGUUUUUUAUCAGUUUCUAUAUAUAACAAAAAGGAACGACAUCGAAUCGUAUUUAAUGUUUCGGUAUUUUAUCAAAUUGGUUGUUUCAAGAAUAAUUUCAUAAUAGUAUUCAAUUAAACAGGUAUUUAUCGAUUUUAAUAUACGAUGAAUGACAAUAUCACAUCGAAUCGUAAACCUAAACUCAUUUACCAUACAUUGAAAUCGAUAAAUAAUUGUUGUAAUUUUCUUUAUUUUUUAACAUAAAUAUUAGUAUAUGGUUUGAAGUUUUUUCUAGGAUAUCUCCAUAUCAACAGAUUAUGUUAUUUUAUCUUUUUUUUCGAUUUUUCGAAUGAUACAAACUAUAAAAUUAUUAUUUUCAUAUAAUACAAAUUAAAUCAACGCUAAUUACGUGUCACGUUUUUAUGUAAAUAAAUUACAUUUGUGCCAGGAGUCUCAUUGAAGUAAAGAGUAGAGACUAAUAGAUAUCUUGAUGUAAUAUUUGAUUAUAAUUAAAAAUAGUCUAGUCAUAUUAAUUACAUCGUUAACAAAGAUAAAUAUUUAUAAAGUAUUUAUAAAAUACCGCUCCAAGCGCUCAGAGAGUGAUCGAUUUAUUUAGAUGCGUAAUGAUUUUAGACAUGGUGCUAUUACGUUACUUAACAUGUUUAACAUUUUCUUAUUAUGAAAAAAACUUAUUUUCAUAGAUAAGUGGUAGUCCUUAAAAAAUGAAUAGUACACAAUGAGUAGUUAAAUAAAUUAAAUAGUACAAUAUAACAAUAAUUUUAUUCGCUUUAUGUACUUUAUAUAUAUUUGCGAACUCCUUUAAAUAAUAAUUUGAUUUUAUAUUUCAAACAUAAAUGAACAUUAUUUUUAAUUUUUAGUAACAAAUUUAUUAGUAAUAUGUCAUAAAGAUAUAGUAAAGGUGCGAUUUCAAGGCGGUACUGCGGUAACAGGUAACAAAGUCGUGAGGACUACUGCUACUGCGUCAAUUCAAAUCUGUUGACAACUCAAAGUAUUAGUAGGGUUGUAAUUUUAAUCGUGAUUGAAUAUAAGCUAUCUAAUAUAGUUAGUAUCAUAUGUAAUUGUAAAAUGUAGUUGCAUUACGCUCCAGCGUAUCAUCGGUGAUACCAAAAUGUUACAAAUUAAAUAUAGUAAAAUAAUAAUCAGUUCGAAACUUUG